UGGGUAACAGCAGAUAAAUGAUUUAACCUUCUAAUUGUUUUCUGACAGAUUUAUACACUCUUUGCGGUUUAAAGACAAUGCACUUCUAUGUUACGUCAUGAAUUAAAAAGAGAAGGUUAUUUCUGCUGCGUUCAAUCUAUACAAAAAUUGUUUGUGUUUUCCUAUAGAGCAAGCCAAGUGCCCCCAGCGAGGACAACCUAAAUUCGUUGUGUAUGAAAUCCGGUGAAAAUUGGAACAAUGGUCAGGAUGACCGUGUUCUCUACAGGAAGCAUCUCCCGACAUCUCCUCGCAAGCAUUGUUUAGAAGUGCCAACUAACAAAGUCUAUGAUCGACCUAGGUCCGAGUUUCCACCAGUCAUUCUUAGUGAUGCGUCAGGAGAUGGAAUCUCUGGGCGCCCUACAUCACUGUUCUAUGCACAAACUCUGGGGACUGAAUUCAGAGAUAGGAGCAGGAAUCCUGUCAUGCAAGUGCCAUGGGAGAAAAAUCAGCCCGACUUAGAAGAUCAGGAAAAGGAGAGCCCACAUUGAUUUUGACACCAUGGUAACAUAAAACAGACUUAAACAUGGGGAAAUUUAUAGAUAUGUCACUGCAGAAUUCAAACAUAUUCUGGAUAUCCUUGGAUUUUCUCCAAAACUGAUGGAAUUCUGCUGUAUUUCCUUAUAGUACAUACUAAACUUUAUGUGAACAAAAAGGACAUAUAGAAAAACAAAAGUAACAAUGUUUCAAUAUAUCUAACGAUUUUCUAGAUUUUUAAGGUACGAGGAUAUUUGAAAAUAUUUUUUUUUAUGAGUCUCUGGAGAUUUGCACUUUUAGCAGAGUGAAGGUGAUACCUGAUAAUUAUUCAAUAGAUCUGUAAGAUCAUGUAGGUAGGUAGGUACAUCAAAACUAGGGUUUCUGUUAAGGUAAAACACAAACCGUUCUCUGAUCAGCCAAUGGAAGAGGUUCUAUUGAUGCAGAUUUGUAAUGUGCAUAUCCUGUACCCUAUUCUCCAAGGUGAUUUUAACUCCUUUACUUGGUACUGUGGACUUCAACCUUCAAGUUAAUGGUACAUCUUAGACCUUUUAGAAUACUAGGAGCCACUAGUUCAUUCAUUAAGACUGUUGGGUCCAGCCAUACACUAUAUGCAAAUAUAUCAUAUUUUGGUUUAUGUAAAACAAUCUCUCUUAACAAAGCAUGACAUUCUUUGAGUCAGCACUAACCACUAUCAAAGUUGUUAAUUUUAAAAAGAAGUCAAUUUUAUAAACUAUAGGUCAAUUAUUAAGGCUAACCUAUCCGAACAGCCUGCAGCUUGCCCUCGUCUGUAGUAUUGCCAGAAUCCAUUGAAAAACUGGAGAAAAAUCUAUUUCGUAUUGUUUGCCUAUUAGUUUGCUAUUUGUAAAAAAAUGCCCAACCUUCUAUGUGAAGCUGAUUAUGCAGCCAUCUCUGGUUAUCUGUGUCACUUCAGUGGAGUGGUUCAUUUUAAAGGUUGUUUCAGUUGAAAAGAAGGGAUUAUAAAAUCUCUCCCGUAUCACACACAGUUUCCAUGAAACUGAAAAUGUUUCAAGCACUCCAUUCAUAUUCAGGGAUGUUUUGCAUGGUGGCUGACGAAUGACUGAUAAUUAUGUAGCCCCAUGCAGCAAAUUUUAGCAACAUUUGAAAAGCUUUCAGAAGCAAACAUUUAAUAAAUAUGUGUUGACUGCUUGAUUGAAAAAUUACAAUCAAUGAAAUUCAAUGUAGGGUUUUGUCUAAGCAAUCUUAUGACCCAACUACUCUGAGAUUUAAAUAGCGUCCUUCUACAAGCUUGGCCAUUAAAUCAGGAGUGCUGGUGUGCUGUAGAGGUGGUAAUCCAAUCAAUGUGAAAGCAUAGGUUAUCGCUUCACAAAAACUACUUCUAUGUGAAGUAACACAAUCCUAAAUUGUAGAAUGAAAAUUAAUUUUAUUGCACCAUCUGGAUUACACAAAAGGCAUAUAGCGAAGGAGAAAGACAGAAUGUGUUAAAAAAAACACUUAGAUGGGCACCAGGGCAGCAAAUUUACUAUGAUAAAUUUACCCAUGUGCUUAAUGUCACUGAGUUUAGUAGGUAUGCAUUGCAUGCUCAUGUUAAAUGUCAAUAGACCUGUCCACCUGGGCCUUAUCUUUUAUGUUUUAAACCCAACAUUUACAUGUUUAUUUGUAAAGCAGAAGUGUAUUCACUGGGGCUGUUCAAUGGGCAGGCCAAGUAACUGAUGGCAUUAUAAGUAUAGACAUUAAAUUAGAGAAAAGGUAAAUUGUGUAUUGCGAGACAAGCUGCGUAAUGUGAAGCAAUCAACAGGAACCUCCCAUUGACCCAUAAUGUCUAAUAAAUGUCAUAGGAACAAAAGAUGGUUAUGCUAAACUGAUAAAUGGUAGUAAAUAGUGUCACAUUGGAUAAAAUCUCAAUUCUAAUAUUAACCACAGUAUAGGUAGGGCACUGAUGUGCACAGUUACUCCAUAAUAAUAUGAUUUCUUCCUAAUGGAUUUGUAGACCUGAGUGUUCAUAUCAAAACUGCUCUGUAAUUCACAGGAAGCAGGCAUUACAAAGGAACACUACGAAAGAUGCAAUUAGCUAGGGCUGAUGAAAUGAAAAGUGCCUUUGUUUUUUAUUACCCACAAAACCCCAUAAGUACAAUCGGUACAAAUGCUUGCAAUAGAAAUUACAGCUGCAGUAAAUUACAUUUUGUAGCUAGUAGUAUUACUGUAAAAAAUGACAUAUCUUGCUGUUAAAGAUAGUGUACCCAAUAUAAAGAAAAUUCAAUCUGUACAUAUUUAGUACGUUUACAUUUUUAAACUGACACUGUGACUCUUCUAGAAGGGCAGCCAAUAGUGAAAUGCGUAUACGUCAAAGACAAGUCUUGAAAAUGAUCACUGUAUCUUUUUUUUUUUUCAACUUCCCAAUCAAGCUGCAAAGCACAUCAAAUCUCUCUAUUACUUUGGUUUUAUAAUAUAAUGACAUUUGUGUUUUGUGGUAUUUAUUUUUUUCUGGUAUUUUGUUUUAUUUUUGCUUGUUAAUCAAAGGGAAUAAUAUAUAUAUAUAUAAGAAAAAGAGACGGGAAAUAUGAGAUGUAAGGGAAAACGUUAUAUUUCAUUCUUAGUAUAUUUUAAAACACCUUUUUGAUCUUGGUAAAAAAAAAAAGAGAGAAAAAACUGGUUUUUAUUAGCGCUGAAUUGUGGUGAACUUAAAACCACAAAUUCUAACUUUAGGACAAAUUUAUCCCUUUGAAAAAACAUCUGAGUUUGACACUUGGUCCUCUUUUUUAUUUUUUUUAUUCCAGUUUCCAUUUGUCACAAUAAAUAGUAAAUAAAACCUCAAAUAGUACCAUAUUUUUAACCAGUAUUAGAAAAGAUAUUUCCUAUUAAAACAUAUUAGUAUAUGUUUCUAAAUCAUAGGAAAGAUUUUUGUGACUUUAACACUGUAAUAAUAACUUAACUUAUUUUUUGCCACAUAUUCAAUCUAUGUAAAUACAUAUAAACCACUUAAGUAAAGAGACCAGUACACUAGUUUUACUGUCCUUUUGCCUGUGUUUGUACAAGGAGAGUGACUAUGUGCAAUAUUGUCUCUCCAUUUUAUAUUUUAUUCAAAUAAAUCCAGCCAUCUCGUGCAUAAUUUAGAUCCAGAAAAUUAAAAAUAAAAUAAGAAAUUGUAAUAAACUUUUCCUCCUUCUUUGUCCAUACAAGGGUAAUACAAUACACAGUUCAUUCAUUUAGUGCAAUAAUGAUAUAUAUAUAUAUAUAUAUAUAUAUAU